CGCCGCUACCGCCGCCUCCACCCAACCCAUCCCCGCCCUCAUCCUCAAAGCCUGCAACCACACCGGCUCCAAUCUACAUAACCUCUGCAUCUCCUCCCUCUCAGCCGAAUCCCCUCCCCACAACGCCGAUCUCCGCCAGCUCUCCAUCAUAGCCGUCCGCAUCGCCGCCGAAAACGCCUCCCAAACCGCCGCCUAUCUCUCCGCCCGACAGACAGACGCCGCCGACGACCCAAUCGUCUAUCAAUGCGUCUCCGACUGCACGGAUCUGUACAUUGACGUUGUCGAUCAGCUCGACACGACGACGGCCGCCAUUGAUGAUGAGGCCGAUAAGGAUGCGGUGAAAUGGCUGGAGGCCGCGGUAGCGGACGUGAUUUCGUGCGAGAAUGAGUGCGGCGAGGUGGCGACGGCUGAGAUUCGGAGGAGGAAUGAUGGGGCGAAGAAGUUGCUGAACAUUUCGCUGUCUUUUGCCAAGCUUCUUAUGACGCAGAAGAAACUGUGAGAAUUUAUCUAUUUAUUUUUCGAUAUUUUGUUUCUGGAGCUCUCGAGUAGAUUGUUUUUUGCAUCAUG